AUGGUCAUUGCUGUAUGGUUUUUUUCAUUCCUGUAUUUAAUUACAGUUUUAUCUGACAGUCUCAAUGGAACAGGAAAAUCAGAACUAGGAUCUUUGGUGCUGGAUAGCGAAAUUGCGAGCAUGGUGAAUAAAUUUCGGGAACAAGAUGUCAAUAAAAUUGAUAAUGGAAAAGUAAUUCUGGAUUAUCAGGGACAUACGGUAACUCAUGAUCCUACUGAUAACGCCCUAAGAAGGUUAUUUAAAUGGAUAGAUCCAGUCUCACUGAAAAAAGAUACAUACCGAAAGUGGAUUGCUCUGAGUAAUGAAUACCAUUCAGAAAUUGGCGUUAAAGAGAAUUCUUUAACGAAGAAUAGAGCUAUUGAUGAUUUUCUUGAUACGGUCUUUAAUACCACUGUGUGGGAAAGUCUUUAUCAAUUUCUGCACCGAAAAGGUCAUCCAUAUUCAAAAAAUCUGCUAACAUUCCGAACUAAGAUUAAACAAUUAUGGUUUACGGAAUAUUCACGAAGUGAAGGUUACAGUUCAUCUGGAUUCAAGCAUGUUUUUAUGGGAGAGCACAGAGAUGGUGAAGUGAGUGGAAUGCAUUCAUGGCUACGAUUCUAUUUGCUAGAAAGAAAUGCCUCAGAGGAGUUCGAUUAUUGUGGAUAUGUCAUUAAAAGAUUUAAUAUCAUGGCUGCAGUGAAAUUUACCUGGCAUAAUCAUCUUAAGCGCAUUGGCUCAUUUUUCAUAGGUACAAGUCCGGAAUUUGAUCUAGCUCUUUAUACUCUAUGCUUUCUCACACGUCAAUCACGUAACACUUGCAAGUUUCAACUGGAUGAAUGUCCAUUCAUUGUUACUAGUUAUAACUUUAUGCAACAAGGCAAAAAUUUUGUCGGAACAAUUUAUCCAGUUUCUGGCCCACUUACUGACAAAUGCCGUCGGUAUAACAGUCAAUAA